UGCAUUUUUAAGGGGCGGUGUUUAUUUACCUUGAAAAUUUAACAAAUUCAGCCCAAAUCGGUUAACAAACAUAAACUAACAUAUUAUAAGGUAACUGAAUUCCAUACUCAUAGUUCGCACUGCCCAAAGUACUCAGAUUGUUAGAAGUGUGUGUUCGGGAGACCAAUAACUUCCUUUACACGAACAAAACUAUGACGAUUGAUGGCACUGCGCUGCCGUCAGAGCUGCUCGUGAUACCACAACCGCUAAUUGGUUUCUGUGGCUUGGAUAUCGCUCGUCAAAGUGUCCAUAAAUCCAUUUGGGAUGCCUUUAGUGGAACUCUGCAACGCAAACCUGCUGAACGGGAGCGUGAUCGUGCGGCUGUGCAAUAUAAACUACUCCCUCCAAACUACGAAUUCCCGGUGGCGAAGCCCAAACGGGUUUCCUACGAAUGGUACCAUCCGAAGGGCAUACUAAAGCGCAAUUGGAUGCUGAAGCAUCUGCAUGUGUUGCCGUCGGUGGUAGUACUCUUCCAGGACAUUGAAUGGAAUGAUAGUCAGUGGACCGAGAAACAAGUGCAAUGCGCUGCAAUUGUGCAGGCUCUGAAGAAUGCUCUGCAGGAGCGCAACACUAGGCUAUGUCUAGUACUGCUGCAGAAGGCGGCACCAUUACCGCCAGGUGAGGAUAUGUUGGCAGCUGAACGUGCUGCUAGCUUGACGACAGCUUGUGGGAUUACCAGCAAAAUGUUGUUCAUUUUGCCGCACACGGAGCACUUAAUGGGCUACACGUUGCGACUGGAGUCGGCUUUCCUAGACAUGGCACAGUCUUACUAUGCCCUCAUGUCGAAGCGCAUUCGAACGCAUCGGGAUCAGUUGUCGGCAGCGCACACAAUUCUUAAGAUUAGGCAUCAAUUCAAGCUGGGUUUUGUGGCUGAGAUGCGCCAGGACUUUAGCACAGCACAAAAACACUAUUUCCAGGCAUAUGCCAACUUGGAUGAGAUACGAAUUAAUGAUGCCAAUUGCAUGGAAAUCAAAACGGUUGCUGGCUUUCUCAAUUACAAAAUGUGUCGACUAAUGUUUAAGCUGAAAACUCCCCGAGAUUCCAUCAAUCAGUUCAUCAACCACGUUGAGAAGUACAAAAGUCGCGUGGGCUUCAAGGAUUUGGCCUUUGAGCAUCACGCCUGGCUAAGUACGCAGCACUCCAUCUUUGCUGAAUUGUUCUGUGAGGCCAUCAAGAAUGGUUUGCCAGCACUGCAGAUCCAGCAUCCGGGUAUCUAUUACCAGAAAGCCGCCGAGUAUGUGAUAAAGCGGCGCGAAGCCGCUCAGCAGGCCAGCGCAACGCUUUUAAAUGAAAGCCUCAAUUCUACUGAUGCCACUCAAUCACAGUCCAAUUUAUACACUGAGUUCUUUGGCAUACGCGCCGUCAAAACAGGUGACCCAGUGGCCGAGCAGCAGAUGAAUGUGCAGCUCUGUGAGCUGGAGCGCAACUUCAACCACUCGGCAGCGAUUAUCGCGCUGUUAAGUCAGGCUAUGGCGCAGUUUAAGAUCUACAAGUGUUUAAGGUUUCGCAAGAAACUCGCUAUUGACAUGGCCGAGGAGUAUCUGUUAAGUGGCGAUCAUGCCAAGGCCCUGACUUUAUACUCACUAAUGCUGCCCGAUUACCGUGAGGAGAAGUGGUCCACCAUCUUUAGCGAUGUGUUGUUGAAAACACUUCGUUGCGCGCUACUUUCCGCCUCUGUUGCAGACUACGUCGCCUGCAGCAUUGAGGCAUUGUCGCUGCGUCAUCAUGGUGAUCAAAAGGAACGCGUACUGCUGCUGGAAAAUCUGUGGCAAGUCUUUCAAAGCGUGCCACCAAUGCCACAAACUCAACUGACACCCGAACUACAAGCCUUGUGGAGCAGUGCGUUGGCCGGCGUCAAGUCGCCGAUUCAAAUUGAUUUGGACAAGGUCAGCGAUGUGCUAGAGCUUUGUGCAACAUUCCAACAAGUGCAAUUGAACAACCACGAUGUGCUGCAACUUCAUUUGAUAGUGCGCGUGCUCACCGAUGUGCCACUGCGCAUACGCAACUUCCAUGUGCUGCUCGCCGAUGCGAGCAAUCCGCAAAAUAGCUACAAGCUGGAGGCACUCAAAUACAUGUGUUUUGCAAAUCUGCUGCAAUUGCGGCAGAGUCAACAAGCCGAUAAACUUGAGCUGAAGACGUACGAAAAGAACAUGCGCUUGGAACCGGGCUGUUACUAUCAGCUGCUGUGCAGCACAGAGGCGCAUCAGUUCAACGAGAACACCCAGCUGCGCAUUGUGCGCUUGGAGGCGUACAUGGGCACCGAUCAAAUUGGAGCACUACUCACGUGCAGCGCCAACUAUACACGCCAACCGUUUCGGCAUCACACGCGGAGUCGCGAUCUUGAUGACAAUGUGACAAUCAAUCCAAUUUGCUAUAUUGCGCCCACUUUCCAUUUGAGCACGCAAACGAACCUUGGCCAUGGAGUGAACGAUGCUCCAGUCAGCACAACCACAUCAACGUCUACAACAACCACGACUACAAUGCUGGUCAAUGAAUACUAUCCAGUUGUGAGCACAAUUAGCAAUCCAUAUAAUGUCUAUCUGCAGAAUGUGGGCGUGCACAUCAGCGUGCCCGUGGAGCUGCGCAAUAGCGUUUUUCUCACCACUGAUGUGUCAACUGGCCGGCAAAAGCUGCACUCCCAGAUCCAGAUCGAUGUGGGAGAGCUUUCCGCCCAAGGGAGCAACACUGCCACAUUCUACAUCUUCAGCCUGGUGGAGACGGAAAUCAAAUUGCAGCAGCGACUCAGCUACACCUUGGAUGUGGAUCGUGGGGCAGUAGCCGGUGGCAUUGCCACCGCUGUCAGUCAAAGCACCACGCCCAACAGUUCGGAGACAUCUCCGGAACACGUUAAGGUUGUAGGCAGUAGUCUGGCCACCAUAUCGCCAGUGCAAAUCGAGUAUCUGGAUGAGACGCGGUUGCGUAAAUCCCGGGAGGAUACGUUGAGUGUUAAAUGUGUGGCUGACUUCAAGUUUAGUGCACGCUUUUAUACGCUCAAUCGUCGUCCAUUGAGUCAGGUUUAUCGAGGUGAGAACUUUCUAUUGCGCGCCAAUACGGAAGUGCUGGCCGAGGACGAAGUGGAGAUCCUGGAUAGCUUCUUUAUAUGUGAUCACAAUUUAGUGCAAUCGAACUACAGUUUUAAGCGCAAAAAGUAUACAAACAAGUACCGGGCUGGCGAUCAGCUGGAAAGCGUAAUUGUGCUGCGCACAAAUGCCACGCUGCAGGAUUGGACAACUGCUCGGGAUCUCGAACGCGCCAAGUCCGAGGAGAACGCUGCCAACAAGUUUGUGAGUCGCCAGCAAAAGGCAACGGCAACGGGCAACAUUGGCGAUGCGCCACCUCUGACGGCAACAGCUGCCACUGGUGGCUACAUGAGCAAGAGUCUCAUGGCCAAGAUACCCACCACCAUGACCAUCAUCAACAACAACAACAACAAUGCAGCACUGCAGCCCAUGAGCGGUUCCAUGCAGUCUGACGAUGGUAAACUGAGUCUCAGUGGCGUCGAGGAUAGCGCAGCAUUGGCAGCUCCAGGCCAGGAUGCACCGAAGAGCAUGCGCAUCAUCUUCAACAAGGCGCUGGAGGCUGUGCAGGCAACGGGACAUCAUCGUGGCUUCAUCAAAGGCGUCUACACGCUGGACGCAACGCAGUCUUCAACUAUACCCAAGUUCGGUGUGUUUUGCAUACGCUGGCGACGACCCGGUGUCAAGGAGGAGAAUGAAUCCAAGUUUAUCAUCAGUGGCCUUGAUAUUGCGGAGCCUCCGCUAAACAUUUACUGCACCAUCGAGGAGAAGAUGUUUGUCAAGAUGCCCAUGGCCUUCAAGGUGGUGCUGAAGAAUCCCACAACGCAUGUGCUUCAUCUGAUUGCCACGUUGUCCAUCAGCAAGUCUGACAACUUUAUAUGCUCGGGUCAUAAGCAGUUGGAUGUUUCCAUAAUGGCCUACGAUGAGAAGGAGUUGGUCUACAAUCUGUAUCCACUGCAAGUGGGUUGGCAAGAGCUGCCUGUGCUGACGUUGGAGUACAACACGAAGGCCGAUCCUCAGAAGAACGAUAGCCAGAAUGUGCUGCUCGAUGAGCUGGUGCAACGAGCGCUGCCCAAACGCGUCUUUGUGCUGCCACCAUUAAAGCAGUUGACCAAGUAAUUUGUUUGUUUUUGGCAGAGCCGAUUUGUCAUUAUUAAUUUAAGUGUUUUAAAGUCUUAAUUAUAUCAAGCGCUGGUAUGUAAAAAUCGCAAUUACUUCAAAA